CUUCUUCUUCACAGAUUUCUCCUCCAAGGCUCUUCUUCAUUACGGUACUUUUUUCUCUCUUCUCCAUUUCUCUAAAAUACACAAAUAUUUGGGACUUUAAUGCAAUAUUUCAAAAAUUGAAAAAGGGGUUUGCGUUUGGAAUUGGAACAAUAGAAACGCAAAUAUGCGAAUUACUGUUCAAAACCUGACGAAAAAACGCACAAAGGGGAUGCGAUAUGCAUUACCAUUGGAGCAAAUUGCUUACUGCAUUUUGAGAUUUCCAGUACCGUUGAAAUUGCAGGACUGUCAGCUCUUGCUCAACAUGUCAUUUUCUCGGCUUUCUAGAGGAACCCAUUUCUUGUCUUGUGCUAAAGUCUCUAUUUGUCAGGCUCCAUUCUUUUCCAGGCACCUUGAUGCUGUGGGCUCAAGAUACAGUUCUUAUAUUGGAGCAAGUAAUAGCACUGUCUACGGGAGACCAUUUGGAUUUAAUCGUGAGUGUUUUACGUCGAAGCAUGGAUACAAUUUGAGAAUUUACAGUGCAGAGAAGUCGCAUCCUAUCAAAUUUGGCCGGCAAUAUUCUACUCAUGCUGCUACAGAGAGGAAAUCGAAGAAGAUGCUUUUUUACCUGACUGGAUUGGUCUUUGCUAUGGUAGGAUGUAGUUAUGCUGCAGUUCCUCUAUAUAGGAGAUUUUGUCAAGCUACCGGUUAUGGGGGCACUGUUCAACGUCGGGAGAGUGUCGAAGAAAAGAUUGCGCGCCAUACGAAGGACGGCACUGUCACAUCCAGAGAGAUUGUCGUGCAGUUCAAUGCUGAUGUGGCUGAUGGAAUGCCAUGGAAAUUUGUUCCAACACAGAGAGAGGUGAGGGUAAAGCCAGGGGAGAGUGCCCUUGCAUUUUACACUGCUGAAAAUAAAAGUGCAACUCCAAUAACUGGUGUAUCUACCUAUAAUGUUACUCCAAUGAAGGCUGCAGUUUACUUCAAUAAAAUACAGUGUUUCUGCUUUGAAGAGCAACGACUUAUCCCUGGGGAACAGAUUGACAUGCCUGUGUUCUUUUACAUAGACCCUGAGUUCGAAACAGAUCCAAAGAUGGAUGGCAUCAACAACUUGAUUCUGUCCUACACAUUUUUCAAGGUUGCCGAAGACAAGUAGUGCUGCUUGUUCAUUGUUGUUGAUGUGAUCACAAGGUGAUCUCAGAUGGUGAUUCUUUCAUUGUCUCUCUUUGGCUCUUCAAAACUGCAGGUCAAUAACAGAGAAAGGAACCCUCACUAUAUCAUCUUUUGCACAUUUUUUUUUGUCGAAAGAAAGAAAAUUUCAUUGAAGGAUAUGUGAAGGAGUUUCUUUUUCUUAUUAUGUAGAGCAAUUUGAGUUUCUAUUACUUGGUGAAA